UGUUGUCUUGAGUGAAUAGGGCCUUUACUGUAUAUGGGCUCGCCAAAUACCAAAUAGACGGGGAGAAGUGUCCAUGUAUUCAAUUUACCACUUUAAAAUUCCAGUGUGAUUCGUAUUGUGCAAUCUCAUUGGAAGGAGAGAAAGGCGAAAGAGAAGCGAGAGAAAAAACGCCUGCUCUCGAGUUUGAGCUGGGGUCUCCCGACGCAUGCAAUCACAGCCCCCCCUCCAGGGUGCUAUUUUGCAGGCACUGGCGCACGCGAUUGGUCAGCGCCUGGUCAGAUGGUACGGUUUCCCUCUGUCCCGCACUGGCACAUCGCCACCCAGCGCCCCCCCUCAACUAAAACCCAAUCUCCGAUAAACUACUAAUAGCUAAACCACUUGGACUAUAAAACACAACAAAUCAUAAACCAAGGAAAAGAACCUGUACCCUCCCAAUGAGUUCCUAUUUUGUAAACUCAACUUUUCCAGUGACUCUGCCUGGAGGACAAGAGUCUUUCUUGGGACAGAUACCGUUAUACUCCUCCGGAUACACUGAUUCUUUAAGACACUAUCCCGGUGCUGCCUAUGGCGCUACCAGCGUUCAAGACAAGGCGUACCCAUCCUCAUAUUACCAGCAGGCGAACGGUGCCUAUGGCCGGGCCAGCGCCGCCGGUGCAUGCGACUACGCAGCAGCCAGCUUUUACAGGGAAAAGGACCCCGCCUGCACCCUCGCCAGUAUAGAGGAACAUUCGCUCGUCUUGAGCCAAGACCAUCGCAAGACGGACUGCUCGGGGCAAAAUAAAAGCAUAUUCGGGGACAGCGAGGACCAGAAGCCCUCGACGCCAGUUUAUCCGUGGAUGCAGCGGAUGAACUCGUGUAACGGGACCUUCGGUAACCCUGGUCGAAGGGGUCGUCAGACUUACACCCGCUACCAGACGCUCGAGCUGGAGAAAGAGUUUCAUUUUAACAGGUACCUUACCCGUAGGCGCCGUAUCGAGAUCGCGCACGCACUGUGCCUAACAGAACGCCAGAUCAAAAUUUGGUUCCAGAACCGAAGGAUGAAGUGGAAAAAAGAGAAUAAACUGAUCAACUCUUCUCAGACCAGCGCAGAGGAGGAGGAAGAGAAGAGGUCAGAGUAAAGAAAAGAAGAAGAUAAAAAAAAAACGCAUAAAAUGGCUUAUGGCAUCACCUUCGGAUAUCCUACAAAUAUGAAGAUACUACUUUCAUAUGCCCAAAGUUCCCACCGGUGAAGUUGUGUUUGGUAAAUUUGUUGUAGCAUUCCAGAAGUUCACUUAACUGUCUAUUUUUUUUAUUGUCAUUUUAUGUUGUUUAAAAAAAAAAAUCAUAAUUCGGGUACCCGACUGGCAGUGUUUUUCUGCACUUGCCUCUUGAUUUAGG